UGAAAGUAGGCUAAUUGGCUGUCCCUUCUAAAUCCUCUGCAGAAUUGCUCUGUUCAUAUAGCAAAAAUUGUGUUGCAGUUUCUUAAAUAGUGGGAGAAAAAGUUCUUUAAUAUUUUUGUUGGGUUGUUAAAACCUAAUAUUGGUUCCAAACUAUCAGAGAGUAGAUCUUUAUUUCUUCCCUGGUCUCUGACGUGGGCAGAAGGUUUUGAGAGUUAUUUAAAUUCUGUGGGUCACAGAUCCCGUGGCAUGCAUAACUUAACCUGUUCACAGAUCCAGAAGUGUCAUGAUUGAAUGACUUUAUGUACCCGACUUCUUUAAAGAAGGCCUAAAUCCUAUAACUGAACCAGAAUCUAGGCUCUCAACUAUAAAUUAUGAGCCCCCACAUAUUCAGUCAGAAGAGCGUGUUAAGUACCCAGAGUGGAGACUUCGGGCUCUGUAAGAAAUAAGCACACAAAUGCAGGUGUUAGGCAUCUCACUCAGUAAGAACACAGUGUUACUGUGAAGCUGACUGGCCUGGCUCAAGGGCUACCCCUUUGUUUCCCGUAACUGUACCACUUUUAUCACUAAAAGAGGAACAAAAUGAUAUGAAAAGGCUUGAAGAGAAGGAAGGGGAGGAGCAGAUGUCUGAAAAAUGUUUCACUCGGGCAGAUUGAGUUGACAUUCUAAAAUUUCUUGAAGGUGCCAGAUUUCAGUUUCUUUAGUGAGAAGCAAGAAUAUCUCACAGAUCUUCAAAGUAUCCGGCCUCUCAAGCUGGCUGAUAGACAGCAUAGUGUACUGGCUGGACUGUGAAUGCAUGAUUCAGAUUUAAGUGACUGCGUGCAAGUCACAUGGCUUCUUCAGCUUCCUCUUCAGAAUUGGACAUAUUUCCUGAGAGACACAGGCUUUUUCUCGCAAGAUACUUGGGUAAAAUACUGCAGAGGAGAGGAGGUGUUCUUGUAGAUAUUACAGCUUAACAAUGCAUUAGAGGUCUGGUUUUGCUUAUGGACAGGUGGCUGAGAAUCAAAAGGUGACUGAAUUAGCCUUAUUUACUCCAGUUGCUUUGUUAAGCUGACUUAAUAAAGGCUAAAAGGAAUUUUCCUACCACCUGCCUUUAGAACGUCCUGAAAUCCUGGCUUUAAGGCUGUUUUGUAGCAUCCGGGGCAGUGCACCUUUUCUCUCUGGUGUCUAGAAAGAAGAGCUGUUCCUUUCCUCUCUGCACUGUGCCACUGCUUUGCUUGUUUUUCUGCACAGUAGUAGGUGGAAAGAGGCCAAACGUUUCUAGCCUCCGCUUUUAUACUCGAAGUUGUUGCCCGUCCAAGUGGUUUUGCUUUUAAUCACAAGGCAACGUAAGGGGAAAAAAAAAAAGUGGCUUGCCUAAGGGGGCAGGUCUUUCCCUUUCUACACAAACCUGUCCUUGUCCAUGGGCAAAGAGAGGAACUGCUUAUGAAACUCAUCUGGUUAAUAAACAGUCAUAACAGGGAAGACAGCAUGUCACUCCUGGUUAGUGGCUCAUGUAAAGCGAAGGCUCUGGGUUACUAAGAAACUUCUGUUACCUCCUGAUGCUUGCAGGAGUGUUGUGUAAGAGCUGAGCUCUCUUAGCUUUCUAGCAGGCAGCCAGCAUUUGAGGUGAAGCCUUGUUUGGCCCAUGCAAAACGAACACUAAGCACUAAGAAACUUCCUUUGUGAAAGUCAAGGUGUACUAAUGGGAGAGGGAAAAUAGAGGAGGCAACUGUGAAACCUGUGGCAAAGAAAAAGUAUUAAAUUGCUUCAGUGCUGCAUUUUGCUGUUCUCCCUGACCGCAAAAGUCACCAUGACUUUAACUGAACGGAUUGUCAUGCCUGGGGUGACAGCAGGCUAAGUCAGCUGUUAGAAGGAGAUGGAGUUCCACAGCGUGCUGUAGCCUCUCUGCUGAAAUUGUCUCCUCUUCAGACUUCCAAUUGUUUGCAUUGCGGUGUUCACUGUUUCUCAUUCCUUCUGCUCUGCUUGUCCCCUCAGCCUUGAGUAGUGCUUGGCUGUGCUCCUCCUGAGUGCUCCCUGGGAAAGCGAUAAUGAUCGCAUUCAUGAACAACUCGGACAGCGAGGAGGAGCCCUGCAAUGAGAGAACAUCCCUGAUGUCUGCAGAGAGCCCGCCAGUACCCUCCUACCAGGAUGGCCUGCAAGCCUCACAAGCAGGGGAAGUGCAGGCACAUAGGAAGAGGCGAACAGGUAGCAGCCGUAGCCCUAACAAUAUUGCUGAUGGGGAUAUGUCUGACUCGGGUGUUCCAGUGAGAGAAAGCGCCUUGGAAAAUGAAGAGGAGGAACUGACUCUGAAAUAUGGAGCAAAGCAUGUAAUCAUGCUCUUUGUGCCUGUCACCCUUUGUAUGAUUGUUGUCGUCGCCACCAUAAAGUCAGUGCGCUUCUAUACGGAGAAAAACGGGCAGCUGAUCUACACCCCUUUCAGUGAGGAUACCCCAUCUGUGGGCCAGCGUCUCUUGAACUCGGUGUUGAACACCAUCAUAAUGAUCAGCGUCAUCGUUGUAAUGACGGUGUUCCUAGUUCUGCUCUAUAAAUAUCGCUGCUACAAGUUCAUCCAUGGCUGGCUCAUCCUGUCCUCUUUGAUGCUGCUCUUCCUCUUUACCUACAUAUAUCUCGGUGAAGUAUUGAAGACGUACAACGUGGCCAUGGAUUACCCCACUCUGUUCUUAGUCAUCUGGAAUUUUGGAGCUGUUGGAAUGAUUUGCAUACACUGGAAAGGUCCCUUGCAGCUCCAGCAAGCGUAUCUCAUUAUGAUCAGUGCUCUGAUGGCACUGGUUUUCAUUAAAUAUCUACCUGAGUGGUCAGCAUGGGUGAUUCUAGGUGCAAUAUCCAUCUAUGAUCUGAUGGCUGUUCUCUGUCCCAAGGGGCCACUGAGAAUGCUGGUAGAAACUGCACAGGAGAGAAAUGAGCCCAUUUUUCCUGCAUUAAUAUAUUCCUCUGCUAUGAUGUGGACAGUUGGAAUGGCAAAGCCAGACACAGCAGCAGGAGGACCAAGUCAGCAGACGUGGGAUGCAGCUGAGGAUGGGAGAGAGAACCACAGGAGCCCUUCACACGCAGACUCUCAGAUGUUGGAGACGAGGAGUCCUGCUCCAACCCGCCCCAUCACUUCGUUUGAGGAACUCGAGGAGGAGGAAAGGGGUGUGAAGCUGGGCCUUGGAGACUUCAUAUUUUACAGUGUGCUUGUUGGGAAAGCAGCUGCCACAGCUAGUGGAGACUGGAAUACUACGCUGGCCUGCUUUGUAGCCAUUCUCAUAGGUUUAUGCUUAACUCUUUUAUUACUGGCUGUUUUUAAGAAAGCACUGCCUGCUCUUCCCAUCUCCAUUACCUUUGGCUUGGUCUUUUACUUCUCGACAGACAACCUUGUGCGACCGUUCAUGGACACCCUGGCCUCCCACCAGCUGUAUAUUUAGAAGAAGUGGGAGUUAGAGGAUUCUUUUUAAAGUUUUGCUGUGAAGUAUCGUACACUGUUUGGAAUAAGUCAUAAAGUUUUACACUUAGUGCCAUAUAUUUGUAAGGAAAACACUAACUCUGUGACAUGAUGUGUACUAAAAAUCUAAUAGUUACAUGUUAAACUGAGAUUUUUCACAGGACUUUUGGACUCCAGUGAAAAGCCUGGGUCACUGCUGAUGUCAGCGCAUUACUUUUAUGUUAUUUGAUGUGCACACUGGCUGUUGUGAGCACAGAAACCUGUAUGUAGCAUGGGACACUGGAGAGGUGAAGGGUCUGAUCUGUGCUUCCAGAAGCUAAGGUGUUUUAGUCCUGGAAUUGCAAUCAAGUUUAACUGUACUCUAGAAUUGCUAAUGCUUCACACUUUUGAAGUGUUGUGCAAGCAUGCGGUGCAAGUAAGUCGUACUUGUAAUCAGAAAAGCAUAGCAGCCAGCGUGCACAGAACAGAGCAGUGCAUUACACCUGGUCGUCAGCAUUAGAGAAGCGAGGCUGAACUUUAUAAGCUGGCCUCUGUGCACACAACUUCUGUUGAAAUUGCCCCAAAUGGCUAUUUAUUCUGACCUUAGUGGGACACAGUGAGCCAUGACGGAUCUAGACAGGAUGUCAGUGGUGGGACGUUUAAACAUCAGGCUUCUGGUUCUGAGUGCAUCCACCACUGCAGCUCACAGCUGAAGGCAGGGCUGCCCGUUCCAGCCCAUCAGAUCCUCAGCGUGGGAAGACAGAUACUUUUCCCUGUCUCCUCUCAGCAUUUUAUCGUUUUGGAAAUCUUUUUCUGGGUCCAUACCACAAUCUUUAAAUUACCAUAAGGUGGAAAUUACUGCACAACUCCAGUAAAUCAGUUGACCUGUAACUUCUGGUGUGUAUUUCUGGUGUCAUUUCUGUGCAUUGUUGUAACCACUCCACAGGAGGAUUUACCUGCCCUUUACGAAGAGGUCCUCUUACCACUGAUUGAGGCUUGGUUUACCUAGUUUUUGGUACUGUUUAAAGAUUAGUUUUUUUAAUUACAAAUUUUAAAAUAGCUAUUUAAUGUCAAAGGGACUCUUUUGGAAAUACCCUGUCAUAGUUUGUAUCAAAAUAGGGGGGUGCAAACUUUAACCUGCUGUUACAUUACUCUACAUAAGACAUCAUUAAGGCUAGGAAUAUUUACACAGCCUCAAGUGAGUUCAUUUAAAAAAAAAAAAA